AUGCUGGGUGCCACGCUCCUGCUGCUGGCCCUGCUCCCCGGGGCCGCCACCUUGCCCAGCGGACCGCCUGCACGACCUGCUCCGUGUCACCCUUUCUCCCCGCCAGCGCCCCCAUUCCCCGCGGCGCCCGGGCCCUGGCUGCGCCGACCCCUUUUCAGUCUGGAGCUGUCGGACGCGGAGGACGCCUUCCCGCGCCGCGCGGGGCCGCUCGAGGUCCCGGCCGACAGCCGCGUGUUCGUGCAGGCGGCCCUGGCCCAUCCGUCUCCGCGCUGGGGCCUGGUCCUGCACCGCUGCUCGGUGACACCGUCCUCGCGCCCGGCCCCGGGGCCCGCCCUGGAGCUGCUGCGCGGGGGCUGCCCCGCCGACUCCUCGGUCGUCCUCCCACCGCCGCCGCCGCGCCCGGGUGCUGCCGGGCCCGCGCGCUUCAGCUUCCGCCUGCGCCCGGUCUUCAACGCCUCGGUGCAGUUCCUGCACUGCCAGCUGAGCCGCUGCCGCCGCCUCCGGGGAGCCCGCCGGACACCUGCGCCUCUGACGCUGCCACCGCCAUCGCUGUGUCUGCCUCAGGAUGAGGCGUGCGCGGGCGCCGGCAGCGACGAGAGCCUGGGUGCCGACAGCGCCCACCUGCACACGCUGACGCAGCCCAUCGUGGUCACAGUGCCGCGGCCACCCCCCAGGCCAUCCAAGGGCGUCCCCGGCAGAGCCGUGCGCCCCGAGCCUCCCGACCCGGCCCCGGCGGCCCUGGAGCCUGCGCCCGUGGUGGCGCUGGUGUUGGCUGCCUUCGUGCUGGGCGCCGCGCUGGCCGCCGGGCUCGGCCUCGUCUGUGCGCAUUCAGCGCCCCCAACCCCCGGUCCGGCCCCGAGGGACUCGCCCAGCGGCCCCCAGCCCAGGAGGCCCCAGUGAGGCAGACUGACGGAGGAGGCCAGUGAUCCGCUGGGAAGGGGGUGGCCUGUGUUGUGUCCUUUCCUUCGCUCAGCCCGGGUAGCCCCUCCGCAGGGAUGGCGCACCCCCAGCAAGGUCCCGAGACACACCAGCCACGGCCUCGAACCAGGCCCGCCAGGACUGCACCGGCCGCGGCCGACCUCGGACCCGACGGGACCACUGUCUCUGCUCCGAACCCUCCCGCCCCCGCUGCGC